AAAACAGUGAAUCAAGCUAAUACAUGGGAUAUAUGUCGAGUCUGGCGAAAACGUAACGUUACUCUUGCACGCAAAUUGAGUUACGCCUCCCUGUAAUCGUGCGGUGAACGCCUAAGCGCGCGUCGCGUGUGCUUCGUGAAAGUGUACGUCGUCGUCGUCGCGUGAUAACUAAACGCUUAUUGGAAUAUGAUGAUCUGAUUGAGAUUCAACAUGACUGUGGACUUCGCCGAUUAUUUUUGGGGCGAAAAAAAUAAUGGAUUUGAUGUAUUGUACCAUAACAUGAAGCAUGGUGCAAUCGCGAGUAAGGAAUUAGCAGAGUUUCUGAGAGAACGAUCAGCUAUAGAAGAGAAUAAUUAUAAACUCUUAAGUAAAGUAGCAAAACAAGCUAGUAACAGCAGUAGUACCCAAGGUACUUUUGCACCCGUUUGGGCGGCUCUCAGAGGUGCAGCUGAAAAACUCGCUGGUCUGCAUCUGCAAAUGGCCCAAAGAGUUGCCGAACUUAUAAAAGAUGUAUCCAAAUAUGCCGAUGAGCUCCACAAGAAGCACAAAGCUGUAAAGGAAGAAGAAUCCUCAACUUUAGAAACAGUACAAAAUAUACAAGCCAUCACUGUCACCUUACAUAAAGCAAAAGACAUAUGCAUGCAAAAAGGCAUUGAAUUGGAAAAACUUAAGAAAGACAAUGCUAGCCAGAGAGAAUUGGAAAAAGCAGAAGCAAAAUUUAAAAAGGCACAGGACGAUUGCAAGACUUUAGUUGAAAAGUAUACGAUAAUAAGAAAUGAUUUUGAAACAAAAAUGACUCAGGCUUGCAGGCGAUUCCAAGACGUCGAGGAAGCACACCUGAAACAAAUGAAGGAGUUCUUGAAUGCUUAUGCAGAUGUCUUACAGAUGAAUCAUGAACAAGUUGGUCAGGUACAUGUGGACUUCAAACGACAAUGUUUAGAAAUGACUGUAGAUAAAUUAUUGGAACAAUUCGUUCAAAGUAAAAGCACAGGCUUAGAAAAACCAGGUGUCAUCGAAUUUGAAGAUGUUAUGAUGAGUAUAGCAGAGGUCACAGGGCAUUCUCAAUCUGAGGGAAAUGUAGAACCGUCCAAGGAUACGUCAAAAGGAGCGAAUGGCGAAACCGGUGUUGCUGGUAACAGUCACGAUUCAAAAGCAGAUAUGGGAUUUAAAGGGGAGGGUUCUCGAAUAAGUGGGGAUAGGGAAAUGGUGCAGGAAAAGGAUAGAGAAAAAGAAAAACAAAGGGACAGGGACAGAGAACUGUCACAUACGCAAGCCACCAAGGCUUCCCGCCGUACUACCUCUUUACUCAACCUGUUCAUGUCCAACUCCCAGGACAAGCAGAGGCAAGCAGGAUCUGGUUCUGCACCUGCGACUCCUCAGGGAAACAAUCUACCUCCUGCUGUUCCACCUCCUACCAUCUGCAGGAACCCUCUCAGAGGAUCUAAAUGGUUUCUUCGCAGCAGAAGGGAAAAGAGGAAAGAAAAGAAGGCGAAAAAGAAGAAGGAUAUUAUAGAAACAAGCAGUAACAAAGAAGAAAAGUCUGACCUGGAAGAUAAAGAAGAUAGUAGAAAAUCGGAGACACCAACGCCGGAAGUAGAUGAAGAUGGAUUUUGUAUCAGACCAAAGCCUGAUCCUUGGGAAAAUGAGAAAGGAUUUUAUUCUAGUUCCGAUACGGAUUCAGAGGAUGAAAGAGAAAGAAAGAUUCGAGUGGAGAUCAAACCUCUUAGUAAUGGAGCAGCACCGAUGAGUGCAAGUGUUGAUGAAUUAAGAGCAACGGUUGAAAACUUAUCCUUGUCACCUGCCCCAACAGGACGUAGGGGUUCAAACACCGAUUCAGAUCAUCACAUGAAGAGAUCUCAAUCAGUAUCUCAACAGUUAGGAGGCAAGCCAAGCUCGGAUUUACUGGGCCUAAAUUUAUUUAAUCCCAGCAGUACACCAUCCAGUGCCUCUACUCCAACCGGAAGUCAUCCUUAUGCGCCCUUACAAAGUCCACCGCCUCUUUCUUCGUCUCCGAUACCACAACAACCGCAACCUCCUCAGUCUGCUCCACCGUUACAUCAGCAUACUCGAUUCCAAGAUGGCGAUUUGUUUUCAGAAGUUGGUGAUAUUACACCUACUUUACCACCAAAACAAUCUGCAUCUUCGACACCAACAGGAUCUAUUAUUAUUCCUAGACCGCCAUCUCGAAAAGGCGAAGGACCAUCUCCAAGAGGAAGGAUGUCACCUGCUACUAUAUCUCGAGCGGAUAGUGUAGCAAGUUUAGAAUUUCGUACAGCAGGAGUUGGAGUAGGAUCUUCUCGAGGGCCCUCACCACUUACUAUCGGCCUUGCUGAUACCAUUCCCCUAGCUGUGGCGUUUCAUGAAAUAGUUCAUUCCUAUUUUAAAGGCACUGACGAAACUCGAUGCCAGGUCAAACUCAGCGGAGACAUGAUGUUGUCAUUUCCUGCUGGCAUUGUGGCAGUAUUAGCAAAUAAUCCAAGUCCAGCUAAGCUUACUUUCCGUGUGAGAAAUAGCAAUAGAUUGGAAAGAUUGCUUCCUAAUAGUCAACUCGUCAGCAUGGAUGCAACUCAAACUACCGUUGAUAGUACAAUUUUCGAGUUUAAUAUGAGUGCCUUAACUACAUUGUUACGACGACAGGCAGAACAAAAUCCGUCGGCCUCCUAUUUUAAUGUAGAUAUUCUGAAAUAUCAAAUAAAAUGCAAAGAAGGCGCGGGUUCUUGUCCCUUUCAAUUAGUUGCAUAUUGGAAAUGUGAAUCGACUCAUACCGAUCUGAAGAUCGAUUAUAAAUAUAAUAGCCGUGCAAUGGCCUCACCGAGCCCACUGUUAAAUCUUCACGUGGCAGCACCUAUCGAUGGUGGUUUUAAGACUCUUAAUAGUAAACCAAUAGCGCAAUGGCUCGCAGAUACAAAUCGCGUAUUAUGGAAAUUUACUGAACUGUCACAACAUAGCGAAGGUAAUGGUGUGGGUUCCUUGAAAGCAAGGGUUGAACUCGAACGUGGGCCAGGUACUCAGGGAACCAUAUUUACUCAAUUUAAUUGCGAGGGGACCACACUGUCUGGCGUUGAAUUUGAACUUCUAGGCCCUGGUUAUAGACUAAGUUUAGUAAAACGCAGAUUUGUGUCUGGAAAAUAUAUAUGUGAUGGAGAUUCCGAUGCGCGUACAAGAUAUGCUGCACCACCAUCCAAUACAGUGUGACAAUUUCCAGAAUGGAUAGCUCAGUGGGGAAAGCUGCCGAUUUAAUAUUGGUACUUGCUUAUUCACUCACUGCCUACAUCAGGGCAUAUUCAAAGUUUAAACUUUAAAUCUACGCGAAAGAAAUGGUUGGAUGCCAAGGAAUAUAUGUGAUAAUUCCACAUUCGUAGGAGGCAUAAUUAUUCUAUAAGCAAAAAUAUUUUAUUCAUUUUGACGAUUUUUUUCUUAUGUAUUUCUUUAGUUUUUCUUUCUUCUUUUGUUUUUUGAUUUGUAAAAAAAUAUAAAACAUUGAGAUUAAUUGUGUUUAAUUAUUUAAAUAAUAUAAGAAUAUAUUAGCUACAUAUAAACUUUGGUAUCCAGCAUAUUUUCGCAGCAAUACUCGCCAGUUUUAAUCUCUUUUCAUAAUCAAAAUGUGUAAUAUGAAUGUUUUUACAUGAAGGCUCAGCUAACAUACAGCAGUAAAAUAUUUUUAUCUUCUUAAAUUUUUCGUUAUUUUGUUGUAGACAUCACAUUAUUAUAAAUGAGAUACCGUUAGGAACUUUAAAGUAAAACGAAAUAUUUGUAUACUUAGCAGGAAGGUGUAUAUACACAUACAUAUAUAUAUACUCAAAUGUAAUUUUCAAUAGAAAAGAAAUUAUAAUUGUGUACAGAAAGCUUUUGUGCAAAAAUCGUUUAUAAGAUAAUUCAUUUUAUGGACUACAAACGAUGACAAAAGUCACUUUUGUUGUAAAACUUGUUAAGAUUGUCAUGCGUUAUUCUAAGAUGAAUCUGGAUAAAGUUUAGAUAAAAGUAUAUUCACUCUAAAAUGAUAGAUUACUAAUUUAAUGACUAAAUGGAGUAGCUUUAAUGAUAUAUCUUUACCAUAUGCAGUUUGAUAAGUAAAGAAUGAUUUGUAAAAAUGUUUGAUGAAAAUCUAAUGUUAUGCAAGAACCAAAGGUUUCUCACUCCUUUAACAGUUUGAGUUAAGACAUUCUUGAUAGUAUUUAUGCUUACAAAGGUCUUCAAUAUUCUUUGUUAUCAUUUCACGAGAUACGUAACUAUAUAUAUGUAUAUAUAUAGAGAGAGAGAUUUUUUAUAUAUCAUCAUUAAUUACUGUUGUAAUAAAUCAACAUUAAUUUCCCGAAUAAUUAUGUCAAGUAUUACUUUUGCAUUUAUGCCGAAAUCACUUGCCUAGUUGCCUUCAAAUACCAUAUUACAUAUUAUUCAGUUAAAUUUUAAGUUAAGUUUGUUAAAUGAAAGAAAUUUUUCAAGUUGUUCUAUUUCCUGAGAAACAUUCUAUACAUUAUUUUUUAAUAAAUCGCAUAUCAAUGAAUUGUUCUUUUGUUAAGCUGCAUAUACCUAUCUAUAUAUAUAUAUAUAUUUUCACAAUUUCUUUUUACCAAAUAUGAUUUAAACCAAUGCCUGUAUUCUUUACUGCGUCAUACUAUAUAUGGAUGGUAAUAUGAAAUGGUAACGUAUAUUAAUGUGCAAACUAUAUGGAUUUGACAAAUUAUUUGUGCUUAAUUACGUUACUAUAAAACUAACUUGUGUAAUCACAAAUUAGAUUUCAUUGUGGGACUUUAUGUAUAACAUCAUUCUUUGGCCAAUUUAUUUGAUACGUAACAGAUACUUCCGUAUCUAUUGUUAUAAAAAAAAAUCUAACAACAAAAAGAAGCUUUGAUCAUUAAUGUUCCUAUAAUAUGUAUACAGGAUGUUUCAUAAUGAAUGUAAAAAAAAAAUCAUAGUUUGUUGAGAAAGUCAUUUUAUGGAAAAAAAUGUCCUAUGAACAUAGGUCUUAUACUAAAAAGUAUCAUAACUAGUAGUAAAUCAAAGUUUUAUUGUGAAUUUAUUAUAGUAGUAAUAAAACUUUGAUAUGCCGUAAUAACUUCGUAGAAUUGGACCUAUGUUUAGAUUAUAUUUUUUUCUAAAUGAUUUAUAUAUGCAUAUACAGAAUGUCAUGAGGUAAGUUUUAGGCGGAAUAGCGACCGAACUAUAAUAAUUUAGUAAAUAGCAAAAAAUCUAUAAAAAUUUAUUUUUAUUAUUUUUUAAACUUUGAAAUUCAGAAUUUUUUUUAAUGAAAUAUUAUUUUGUAUAUUUUAAUAAAUAUUACCGUCUAAUGUCAAGUUCACAAUUAUUUCUGAGCAAAAUAUAGCUCAAUAAAUAAUAAUAUAAUAAUAUAUAUCAAACAAAUCUUUUAUUAUUUAUAUUUUCCAGUUGUGUGAAAUAAUCACGUGUUUUUUCUUCAUUUUAAUCUUAUUUGCAUUUCAUAAUUUAAAAUUGGAAUUACAUUUAUUAUUUUUUACACUUCAUUUAUUAAAAAUAUUUUAAUAGUUUUUUCUUUUUUUUUUUUUUAUAGAAAAUAAAAAUAAUUUAAUUUCUAUCAUCUUUACCAUAUUUUCAAUGCAAAAUAUCUAUUUCGACUAAUAUUAUUUCGAGACAUCCUGUAUAUUUGUAUAUGUGUAUGUAUUUCAUUUUUAUCCAAAAAUUUUUUUCGUUAAUAUGCGAUACUCAUUCUAUUUUAUCGAGAGAAGUAAUACUAAAUAACGAUGGCAUUAGUAACCACUCCAUUUGCUAUGAUUCUUAAUAAACCGAAAGACUUGCAUUCAAUUUAUUAAUUUUCAUCAACUAAAUCUUUGAUUAAGACAGUAUUAUUAAUACUUGUUCUCAUUAUUUCUAUACUAUAUAUUAAAACGAUUACAUAUUAAUGACAUUAUUAUUAAUAAUUAACUUUAUAUAAUUUGUACUUAGACGAUUUAACAUCAUAUGUUUAUCAUAUUAAUUUUAAUAUAUCUAUAUCAUAAUUUUAUCACACAUAAUGAUGGAGUGGUUUCCGAUGAAUCGACUGAGCUCCCUGUGAUAUGCAGAUGUCACUAUAAUUUCGUAAUAAACAUUUGUACAACAUGUA